CACGGCGGAGAAUCAGGUAGGGACUCCAUCGAAUCCGUAGGUCAUGGACUUCGGGGCUCUCGUAUUCGGUUCCUGGACGAGAGUAACUUGAGAAUCGACGGUGAAACGAUAACAAUACAGAAGACCAAUUGCCAGGGAAAAGGUCGCAAUGUCGCGGGCGUGAGCGAUUUGGUCGGCUCGUCAGAUCCUCAGAAGACAAGAGCGGCAGCGACAUUUCCAAUCUAAUCGGACCACAAAGUUUAAGAAAGAACAAGGCGCUUUCAGAAGAAGCUCUACUGCUACCUCGGAAACAGUUGCACUAGAUCCGAAUUCGAAAAUGAUGAUGGAUAUUGAUGAGGACAGCUACGCGCUGGACCCCCCGCCCUACGUUCCUGUGGAGCAUAUCUGGAACGACUCGGAAUUCUGGAAAAGAUAUUCCUUCGUGGGUCGGAUCGACACGGGCCCAUUUGCUGGGUGCACGGCUGUCGUAAAAAAAGGCAAUCCGGGGAAAAAAUACGCACUGCAAAUCGACUCGAAGAUCGACCGCUUCGGAUUCAACGCAGACUCGCGGCAAUGUCUGCGGCUGUUCAGAAAAUGCGUGGUUCUGAACCGAAUUUUGCCCAAACACAAAAAUAUCAACGCGAUGGACCAUAUGGUCUUCAGCCAGACGAGCCUGUUCAUGCUGCAAGAUAUGUGCGAGGGCUUUCUGGAGAUCACGCACUUCUAUCCUCAGGCCACCGACCUCAGUGCGCGAGCCCUCUUCAUCCAAUUAGCCGAUGCCGUGCAAUUCAUGCACGACUACGGAGUGGUCCACGGGAAUUUGAUUUCGAAAAACAUUCUUUUCUACAUGAAGCCUUUUACCGACCCCGUCUACUGCAAGAUAACAGGCUUCGACCUGGCCGUCCACUACCACUACUUGGCCAAUAAGUUUAAGAGGAACUUCCACGAAGCGGACUAUUUGUACGAUCACCAUCUGAGCCACCAUUCCCAAAUGCCUUACACGAAGGCAGGAGAUGUGAGAGACCUGGGUAAAAUCCUGUACCAAAUGCUGGUCAACAAUGCCGACCCGGAUAACAUUCCGGCGAGUGGGCCCGAUUUCAAGCCCUGGGUCCGCGACGCAGCAAUGCACUUGCUCCGGAUGAUCGGCCCUCGAGGAUUCGGCCCCCACAAAGAUGAGGACCUUCUCGAAAUCGACGGCGUUUUGCGGCACCCGUGGCUCAAGCUCCUUCCUCCGAACCCCGGGCUGGCCAAUGUCAAGGAGCUCGAGCGGCUCAUGGUGAAAUACCACAGCGACUGGAGCGUCAUCGAACGCAUUCUCGUGAACCCGAGAAUCCCAUUCAAGUACAUGAGAGCCGAGGUCGAUCUGCGAUUGUGGUACGUGAACAAGCGGACUACAUGGCUUGGAAAUCGGAACUUGGACCUCGUCGAAAACAGGGACCAUCCCGAGAGGGUGUGCGAGAUCCGGAUCCUGCGCAGGGUGAGCCCUGCUGGAUCCUCGUCCAGGGCGAAGCCGGUGAACGCACUCGCUUUGUACAACGAGCUCAUGGUCAAUCUGAAAAUCCUCCCCCCUCACCCGAGCAUCGUCGACUUGGAAGAUGUGUUCAUAAAUAAAGACUUCAUCAUGAUCCUCAGACGAUGCGAGGAUUACAGCACUCUCGAGGACUUCAUCAAGUUCGCCACAGAGGACAGAGCGCGCAGAUGCUUCAGGCAGCUAGUGCACGCAAUUCGCCACAUGCACAGUUACGGCGUGGUGCACAUGGGCUUGCACUGCGAUAAUAUAGUCUUCAGUGAGGACGAUAGUGACCUUGAUUGGCGCCGUGAUUGGCGGCGUCCAAAACUCAUUAAUAUUACUGAAGCUUUUUGGAUUCCAGGACUGGCGACCAACACUAUACCCAACUUCGACCCGGCAUCUUUAGUCACCCCUGAACAAAUCCUCAUGGCUAAUCAGGCCUACUGCACAGCUGAGAAAGAUAUCAGAGAUCUGGGCAGAAUUUUGUUCUCAAUUUUGUAUGGAAAAUGGCUAGAUAUGGAUCAGAUUAGAGGAAUGCCACUCACGGCUGAACAGCUCCGACCAGGACGGUUCAGCGAUAAUGCACUUGAUCUGCUGCGAUGGAUCGGUCCCUAUCCUUUUGGACCACAGGAUUUCGUACCGCUAAUGACGAUAGAUGAAUUGUGUGCUCAUCCGUGGGUGAUGGAAGAUUUGCCCGUGUAGGGUUUACCCUACACGGCCAAAAAAUAUGAAUGAAGCUGUCAAAAGUGGAAAUGUCGAGAAAACACGGCGUACUGCGAUGGCCCGCAAGCUCACAACUAUCGUUGGAACGGGUCUUCGUCUCCCAGAGGUUUCCAGAGGGCAGGGUCGUCGAAACUCUCGAUGACAAAGCUUGCCCCUGCCUCCAGCAGGCUGGCACGGGGGUUGCCUGCAAGUACUCCCACGACUGCCAACUCGGCAGCAACAGCUGCUUUGAUUCCCGCAGGUGAGUCCUGCAGCCAUAACAAAUGCAUUGGAUCAGCAAAGGCUUUAUCUCGCUGGAUCCCGGGGAUAAAAUCGUCCGCAUAUCGAACUCGGAGUAUGGCUCUCUCGACGACCUCGGCCUUCAUGGCCAAUGCUUUACUUCUCGUUAUGCAGGUAAGAUUUUCCUAACCCUCAAACCACGAACUGUGAUAUCUUUUGAGGCCUCUGACCAUUUCUCGUCACUUGAAGUUUGAAUCUGACAAAGACUCGACGAGCUACACGACGUGCGUAAGAGCGGCAUCGAAGUCGGAGACUACACGGGGGUCGAUGGGACUAGGUGCAUGUCCAUCGUCAUUCACUCCAUCACAUCCGGUAUCUUUGAUGGUAAGCAGAUGGAUGGUAAUUGCGGCCCAAAGUGCCAUGCCCACUCUUUACAUCAGGAACCUCAUGGGACUUGAGUACUUAGGCAAAAUUGAGCAAUAUCUAGGGAAAGUUCUUCCAAAUAGCAAGGUCGAAUCGAGGCACUCAGAUGACGACCAGUAAUUUAGGAAACUCCGCAGAACGCCAUAUCCCCAAAGUUCGAGCUCAAAUCGCGCCCAGGGAUAGAGUUGUUCUAAAAGACUGAUGCGGACAACAGAGAAUCGUCAGAGGGCAGCGAUCCCUCCGCCCGGCUCCUGUUAGUGCAUGCGCCAGAUCUAACACCCCAGAACCUGCUCAGAACGCUGUGAAAAUGAAUCUAUGAGGGUUUUUUUAAACUAAGUCUAGGGAGUGUCGAAAAUUGGGCUCGCAAAUCAUUUCGUCGUAGCUCGAUAAACUGAGUAUGGAGCUUCCAACUGAUUGGCAGCCAUCCUGUCAGAUCAUAGAUUCAUGGAGGACAAACUUUAGUAUAGACCGUAGAUGCCAAAACCAAAUGACACGAUGACAGUGAUGGCUCUGCCAUCACAAUGUCAUCUAGAAUCUGGAGGUGACGCAGAAGAGUGACCAAAGUCCAACAGCCUGGGACCAGGUUAGCUCAUAUAUAUAAGCAUGGCUCAAAUUUCAUGGUCGCCUCAAAGUGGUGGUUUGUUUAUGUAUGUAAAGAGCAGGCCCCAGAACGUCUCAUCCAUAAAUUUAGUUUGAGCGGCCAGUUCCCACUCGGCGAAGAGAAAACGUCCUAUAUCAGGAUUGAACUUGCCACUGAUAUAAUUUACAAAGAACUCCUCAGUAAUCGGUACUCCUCCAUUGUAUCCAAUCUGCAAAUGAGCUGCUUAAUGAGUUGGCUCGUCCGCUGCAUCAAGGUCAUAUAAGAUGUAACAUGUAAAAUCGAUCACUGACCUGCAAGUACCUAUAAACCCACAAAAGCCAUCAGAGUACAAACCUCCGGAAGCAUAUCACGGAAGGCCGAAUGCAGCGAAUUCGAAUCACAUAGAGUGCCGUCUACGUCGAACAGAGAUCCUACCGGUGGUAUAGAGCGAGGAAUGACUUCUGCCGGGAAACGAGUGAAUAACAGAAGAAAACUCAAGUCAAAAGCAUCCUUCAAUCUUAGCUCUACAGUACGGAAUGCACAAAGCAGAUUAAACCUAAGCAUCCUCUCGCCGUAGUGUAAGGUUUUCGAGUUUAUGUGAAAAGAACAAAGACUCAUACUUGCAAGGUCUGAGGAGCAAACUCGAAAAGUAUGAGCCUCAUGACAUAGUGCUCAUCUGGAUGUAGUGAAGCAACUCUUGUAGGAGCUCGAAAAGUCUCUCAAAAGUCGUACCUGGGAUUUUAGCUGACAGGGUUUGAAAGGAUGCAGUGGCAGAACAAAUUGACGUGGGCACUUUGACUCGCAAAGCUUUUGAGAAGUUUCCUGAGCAACUUUGUCUCAAAAUUUCCGCCUCCCCUGCAGGAAGCAAAGCCACGGAAUACCGUGCCUGCAACAAUCACAGUUGAAUCGUUCGAAAUAAUUCCUUACUCUGCACUCCCUGAGCGGGACUGCAGGAGGUGCGUCUCAAACGAAACCAGUAAAAUAAUAAAUGUCACUAUCAACACUCAGAGAGUCCAAAUGACCUGGGAAAAAUUGGCUCUAUGUAGCUCUUCAAUUCUUCACAAGUCAUCUUGACUUUCCUCCCCAGUAGAACUUUUUUCAAACAAUGGCACAAACACAUAGCAAGCUCCCCAGUAGAUCGACUUCGGAUAAUUUAAUCACGGGAAGAACUGUUCGGUCGUCGUCGUCGGAAGAAUCCGUCGAUUCAUGACAGUGUUAAAUUCCAAUUAAGAUCGACAGAGAGCUUUGGGGUACUGUCCAUUUCCUGGAUUUUGUGCAGGUUUUGAGGGCAAAGACAGCAAGUCCGAAUCUUGCAUGGCGUGAUACAAGACAUCCUUCCGUGGAGGUCUCCAUGAUUCCAUAUCAUUGAACGAUUUGGAGUUUAAUGCGCUCAAAAGCUUGCAACGACUUUGACGAUGGAACGUCCACGUUGUCGCCAGACUCAAGUUUUGAUGUGGUGGUGAAUUUGUGGCUCCUUAGCUGCUUGUAAUUAGAAGGGAGAGUAUGGAUCACUUCUCCAUUGCGCUAUUCCACUCCUUGUGGAAAUGACUAGUGAAAACCAUCAUCUCCGGUUUUAUGAUGUAAUAAACUCCUUCUUCUUUCUCGUUGCAAAAUAUAAAUGG